GUAGCUCCUAUAUCAGAGGCAGAGGUAGUUCCUAAUCACAGGCAGAUAUUACGUCCUCUAAGAGACCUCUGUUGCAUGGAGGAGUGGUACUCCUGACCAGCGAAAUGAGAAAGGAUCCGAGCGACACAUGUGCCCUUCUGAAUGGCCAUUCUGAGUGUGAGGAUGACUGUGAGGGAGACACACUCCUGGCAGCAGAGCGGACUCAUGGAAGGUCUGUUGACAGGAGCUGGAAAAGAAAGCCUUGCCCCCCGUGUGGCUGGCUGUGCCUGUACUCCCUGGUUGUGCUGCUGAGCAUUCUGCAGGUGCUGUCUCUCGUCUUUUACGUCGGGACGAACUGGAGGGUGGAGGAGCUGCAGCUGCAGCUGACUGCCCUGCACGAGAGAGCAGAGUCCAAUGAAUUUGAACCAAAGGGAGCAGAGAACAUAGCUAAGGAUAAACAUGUCUAUGUGGCCAAGACUGAAAAUGAGCAGAAACUACUGACCAUGGAAUCCAACCUUGCACGUGUUAACCAGUAUGUGGUAUCCUUGAAGAGCAGUUAUGAAAAGCUGAAAUCAGCAGUUGAACAGGGAGAAACUCAGGCUCAGCUGUCAUCUCUGUCGAACAUUGUACUGCAUAUCAACGAAACAACAUCCAAUGAUUUCCUGUCUGUGAGAGCAGAAACAAGCCAUUUAAAAUGUGCCAUUGCCAAUUUGACCAGAACAACAUCUGUCAUGGAGGAAAACAUAUCUUCAAACAUGGAGAGGCUAGACAGAGCCUUCGCGCACAUUCAGAAGCUCAAUGCUGAGAUGGGCCUCGUUCACGGUUACCCAAACACUGCGGACCUCAAAACCACACAUGUCCCUCUGGCAAGACCCCGUCCUCAAGAGAAUAACUCUUCGACAAACAUUUUACUGAUGAAAAUGAAUUCACCACCACCCACUAUGGACAAACACAGUAAUAACUCCAUGGAAGCGACUGUGAGCAGAAAUUCUUCAGUAGAGCGGCAAGCAACUAUUCCUGGACAAGACGCAGUCAGAGAACCCGACCGAAAUGAUGAAAACCUACAGCCUACAGCUGGCAGCACAGAGACCGCUGGGUUCACUGAAGCAGGCAGGAACUGAGGAAAUGAGAAGCUGCAAGACAGGGAGGUGCCUGUCACUCACAGUGUUUGGAAACAGCUCUUUGGGACCAGUAGUCACUCUUCAGUUCCACCGCCAUGGGAUUUCACAGACACCUGCACAGUGCAUUUACUUUUAUUUACAUUGUGGCUAACAAGGAUUUUAAUUGUUCUUGAGACUAAUUUUAAUUUCUGCUAUUCUGUUUGAUCAUGUUACUCUGCCAGUCUUAAACACAACAGCACCAUUUGUUAGAAAUGUAAACUGCAAACAUGUAACAUUACUAGUGUAUAGCAGCUUCAGUGAAAAAGAAAAAUGUGUGAAAUAAAGGC